AUGUGUGUACUAGCUGUUUACUUUCUCAGAAUGCCUUACCAGUCAACUUCACAUGGAGAGACGACACCUCUUCUUCGAGCGCCGCUCUCAGCUGCCGUCGUCCACAUCAGCCAAGGCCACCGACGUCAGAAAUCCAGCUCGACAUCCGCCUCGUCCACAACACUCAAAAGCGGUGAUAUCAUCUCGACAACUCGCAGAGACAUUGAAGAUGAUGUGCUUCCCGAGACAGCCGCCCUGGGACGUACUCUAAGUUGGAGAAGUGCCUACAUUUUGAUCAUCUCGCGGGUCAUCGGGUCUGGCAUCUUUGCAACUCCGGGGAGCAUAAUCAGUUCAGUGGGGAGUAUCGGUCUCAUCCUCACCCUUUGGGUCGCCGGUGCCGUUUUGAGUUGGUUUGGAUUGGCUGUUGGAUUGGAAUAUGGAUGUACGCUUCCACGCUCAGGUGGCGACAAGGUAUACUUGGAAUUCACUUAUCGUCGCCCUCCAUUUCUGGCGUCCACCAUUGUAGCUGUUCACGCUGUACUUUCGGGGUUCACAGCAAGCAACUGUAUCGUUUCUGGCGAGUUCUUCCCGGUCAAGGGAAAUGUAUUGCCGCUUUUGGACUUGGGUGGGGUGUGUAGUUAG